UUUAUUAUUUAUUAUUAUUAGACUAGUAGAGUCACAUUUAUAAUCAUUUACAUGAACCGUGUGUUUAAAUUAUUACUCAAAAUAAAUGUAGGAUAAAUAGUGUCAACGUUUUAAUCCAUCCAUUAUCUACACACCUCCUAAUCCUAACAAGAGUCAAAGUUUGAAUAUAAAAAAGAAGUAUAUUUUGUACAUAUUUUGUAAAUUUUUGACCGUACAAAAUAAGCUGUAAUUUCCUAAAAUAAUCUGCAAACAAACAUUUUUGAACUGUUAACAUGAUGUCAUUGUUCUGAAGAGGGCGUCUUACUCCGUUUUCUCUAAAUGUAGAUUUCUUGGUUCGUCUUUAAAUCUGUCUCUCACACUUUCUGGCACGUAUCCAGACAGAAACCUGGAGGAUGUGUUGUCCUGGGGCGCAGGUUUUCAAAGCACCAUAGUUUCUUCCAGUUCAGUACAGAGACGUGGUGGACUGCAGACUCCACAUAGCGUGAAGCAGCAAGCCUCUUCGGAUCCGAUUAUGAAAAAUUUGCUCACUUAUUAACUGAGAGUUGUGAAACAUUUGGUCUUGUUCCAGAUAAAAACAGCGGCGGGCUUGUGGAGCAGCAGGCUGUCCGUCCAGGACUGUCAUGGUGCUGCUUCGACAUCCUGUGAUUCAGAGGCUGACAUGAUGUCACGGAGCUCCCGAUGACCAAAUAAGGAAAGUGACACAUGAAAUUGGAUUUUAUUCUGGUCGGACUUCUCUCUUAAUGAGCGUAGCUGUAGCUGCUCGGUUCGAUGUGUCGGUGCUCUGAAGCACACCUCGACAUUAGUGGGCGAGCUGCUUCAGUUUCUUGAGGAACGAGAAAGGAGGAAGCAGUUCCGCCCGCAGAAGCUGCCUGGAGGCCACAGAGAAAAGAGCAAAAAAACGAGAAGAGGAGCCAGAGACGACAGCGCCCGCUGCUCAGCUCGAGUCAGGAGAAAACGCGCUGUUCUUUAGCUCCAUGUUUGUUGGACGGACCGCGGAACUCCGGCACCACUUUCACUCUCAUGUGUGCCGCUCAACUCCGAGGUUGUGUCGUUGAAGAAGAAAAGUUUCAGUUCGGGGCUGCACCGUUAAAGUCGUCCGCGUUGGUGUCUUUUGCUAACUUUUACGUUACCUGGCGGAUUUCACCAGUACUUCACUUUGGAUUCAGUCUUGGUUCGGGUUGGCUUUAGCCGCUGGUGAACUGUGGACUCAGGCCUUGGAAGGUAUUUGUUCCGGACGAAUCCCAGUUCAAAAUGAGCGGAGAAGAGGAACGAUUCAAACUGGUGGUUGUGGGAGGAGGAGGGGUGGGCAAGAGCGCUCUGACCAUCCAGUUCAUCCAGUCGUACUUUGUGUCAGACUACGACCCCACCAUUGAAGACUCCUACACCAAGAUCUGCACUGUGGAUGGAAAGGAGACCCGGCUGGACAUCUUGGAUACAGCAGGCCAAGAGGAGUUUGGUGCAAUGAGGGAGCAGUACAUGCGCUCAGGAGAAGGCUUCUUACUGGUGUUUGCACUCAACGACCGGGGCAGCUACCACGAGGUCCAGAAAUUCCACACACAGAUCCUAAGAGUGAAGGACCGUGAUGACUUUCCCAUGGUACUGGUUGGAAACAAAGCUGAUCUGGAGCAGCAAAGAGUGAUCUCCAAGGAGGAUGCUCAGGCAUUUGCCUCAGAGAACAGGAUCCAUUACAUGGAGGCUUCAGCCAAGAAUCGUUACAAUGUGGAUGAAGCCUUCUUGGAGCUAGUGCGUAUCAUCAGACGUUUUCAGGAAAUGGAAAGUCCUCCUCUUCCAAACCAUCACACAGGGACACAGACAAGUGGUAGCUGUCCCUGUGUUAUCCUCUAAGCAUUGCUACUAUGGACAACAAAUCAUCAUCCCUCUACAGCUCAUCCCAAAAGGUGUGUGUGUGUGUGAGAGGGACAGCAAGAGAGACAGGGAUAGAAUUAUUCAGCAUUCACAAUAAAUUACAACAACCAAACACCAUAUUAAUCAAACAAACAAAAAGACAUCAGAUUGACUCACAUCAAAGGGAAUUUCCAGGCCCUUUAGGGAAAAAAAUGUAACGCUACAGUCCCACACCUUUGGAAAAGAAAACCACAUCCUUACUUUUAACAUAAUUCUAAAGUUCUACCAGCACACGUGCUCUAACUAGACUCUUAAAAAAAUAAUAAAGAAUCACACUCCUGUUCUCUGUCCAGUUUUUAAAAUAAAUCGCCAUCUUUGCUUGGCCAAACAAAAAAUUAGACUGUUGCCUCCUUCAUUUUUUCCUAUAACGACAGACAGAGACAGAGAGAGACUGACUGACCAAAAAGCAACUUUCGAAUCCGUGAGCAGUGUAAAUACUGUAUAAAUGACCAAACUGCUGUUAAAAAGAAUGCUGUCAUGAAGGUGCAGAUAUCAGCAGCUGCAUCAUUACCAGCUGUCUGUUUGUACAAUCUCAUAAACGAUUUAUCACCAAUACUGUAACUUUGGUGUUCAAGAAGGACAUCAGACAUGUACUUGUAGCAUUAUAACUUGCUUGUGAAAUGUGUCACGCCCAAAGGCAAGGACCAUCCAUGUAGUGCCAUGUUCCAUGCCUUCCUGCAGGGGGCAGCAGAGCCCCAAAGCAGGAUUAUUCCAGCUGUGUCCAUUACCUCCUCACCAUCUUUCCAUUUGUGUUGCCAUAAUGAGACAGAAUAGUGAAACAUCUAUAAAUAACAGAUAUGAUUUCAAGAUUAGAUUGUGCACUACCCAGGCAGACACCGUUUCAGUUCAGGGACUCCUGGUGCCUUGGCCAUUCAUGGCCUACACACGGUGGAUGAGAAAGGGAUAACACAAAAGUGAAUUAUUGCAGGUUACAUGAACUACAGCCUGACAGUGUAUUAAAGACAGCAGAACCUGUUUAUAGGUUUAUACAUUUCAAUAUGGGAUGAAGAUGUUGGAAAUACUUUCUAUAUGAAUUUUAUAUUGAUGUUAGAUGGUCUGCAUUCUGAUACUAACAUUUUUUUUCCAUUUGUCCUAAUUAUCAGUACGAAAACAUUAUGUAUAUGUAAAUAAUGAUGUUUUUCACAUACAGACAACGCAGCAUGUAUGUACAGUCAGUAGUACCUGUCAGCAACUGAAAGUUUAUUUUUGAGUAGUAGUUAAAUAAAAUAAUUUUAAGUCAGUGUUCACUUAUGAGCUUUAUUUCAAGCUUUAAGCUGCAUCAUGCUCAUGGGCUUUAUCACUAGAUAGACUUAGGCUCAGCUAAAUUUGCUAUUGAAGAUAGUGAUGUGAAGUUGAAAGUUCUGGAAAAAGCUAAGUGAACGUUGUGUUAACAUUAUUUUGUCCUACAGUGAAUGGGAAGCGCUGUUCUUUAUUUUUUAAGGGUGUGUGAAAGUCUAGCAUUGACAAAAUAUCCCAGUGAAGAUUUCUAUACUAUCUUCAAUAAAAGGAGAUAAUAUAGGAUGUUGUGUGUAAUUUUAUUUGCUAUUAGACAAUCAAAAAUGAAAAAAACAACAACAACAAAUUGACAUAUUAAGUCACUUUCUUCUCUGCUUUAUUUUUAAAGAAAAACAGACUUCAGCAAUUUUACUUGGGGAAAAAAGGCUCUUUUAGUACUUUAUCAAAUUUCCAAUUUUGUAUCUGCUAUUUGAAACACUUGGUGUCAGUUCUUUUUCUUUUUAAAAAUGAUUUAUAUUUAUAUCUAUCUAACAAUGUACAAUUUACAACAACAGUUUAAUACUGAAUAAUAAUGAAAGUCGAAUCACUUUAUUACAUCAUUAAAAUAUUUAUCUAAACUA